CAAAUCCAGCCCUAGAUUUUCUUUUUAGGCACCUGUAAUCGCCGACGUAAUCCCGGUACAUCCAUUCAAGCUUCUGGCCGGCGGCUAAACAAUACCACGGCCUUCGCUCGCGCUGUCUUCGUUUGCCCCUGCAGCUUUUGAGGUAAGUAUCAAAUCUUUCUAAAUGCACUCGUCAGCCUUUCUCAGAUGGAAAAAACUCUUAAAAAUCAUCAAAAACACAUCUUUGAUUCAUCAGUGUUGCCCAAAACACAAAACCCUUGAAAAUCCAUAUGCUCAAACACAAAACCCUUUUGGGUUUUUAGUUGUUUCCCAAUAUUCAACUCAAUCCACCAAGUUUCCCGAGUACCAGAUGCCCUCCGUCACCUGGGGCGUUGUUCAGGGCAGAAAAGAAAAGCUAGUUAAUCGUGUCAAAAUAUGUGAUUAUAUCAAGUCUUUGGGAAUAAUCCCUGAUGAAUUAGAGAAUCUAGAAUUACCCUCUACCGUUGAAGUUAUGUGUGAACGUGUCCAGUUUUUGCAGAAACUUGGAUUAACCAUUGAUGAUAUCAACGAUUAUCCUUUAAUGCUCGGUUGUAGCAUGCGUAAAAACAUGAUACCUGUGUUGGGUUACUUGGAAAAAAUCGGUAUCCCGAAGUCGAAACUAGGGGAGUUUGUUAAGAACUAUCCGCAGGUGUUGCACACAAGUGUGGUUGUUGAGCUUGCCCCUGUUAUUAAGUUUCUUAGGGGGCUUGAUGUCGAGAAGCAGGAUAUCGGAUACGUUCUGCAGAAGUAUCCGGAGUUGUUGGGGUUUAAGCUUGAGGGGACCAUGAGUACUUCGGUUGCUUACUUAGUGAGCAUCGGGGUUAGUCCGAGAGAUAUCGGUCCUAUGGUAACACAAUAUCCAUAUUUGCUAGGGAUGAGAGUUGGGACUGUGAUUAAGCCACUUGUGGAUUACUUGGUUUCGUUGGGAUUGCCUAAGAAGAUUUUGGCUAGAAUAUUAGAGAAACGGGCAUACAUACUCGGUUAUGAUCUUGAAGAAACUGUUAAGCCGAAUGUUGAUUGUUUGAUUAGUUUCGGGAUUCGGAGGGAAGCUAUUGCAUCAGUUAUUGCACAGUAUCCACAAAUUAUCGGGUUACCUCUAAAAGCUAAGUUGUCUUCACAGCAGUAUUUCUUCAAUCUGAAGCUCAAGAUUGACCCAGACGGGUUUGCUCUUAUUAUCGAGAAGAUGCCACAGAUUGCAAGCCUAAAUCAACGUGUUCUUAUGAAGCCUAUAGAGUUUCUUUUGGGGCGGGGACUUCCAUUAGAGGAUGUGGCAAUGAUGGUUGUGAAAUGUCCCCAGUUGGUUGCUCUACGAAUCGAACUCAUGAAGAAAAGCUAUUAUUACUUCAAAAGUGAGGUGGGGAGGCCGGUCAAUGAGCUUGUGGCGUUUCCAGAGUACUUUACAUACAGCUUGGAAUCCAGGAUCAAACCCAGGUACACCAAGUUACAAAGCAAGGGAAUCAGGUCGUCGUUGAAUUGGUUUCUGAAUUGUAGUGACCAGAGAUUUGAAGAGAGAUUGCGGGGUGAUUAUAUCGAAUCAGAAAGUUUAGGACCAUCGUUCCGAAUGGGUGGGAAAUUGGAGCUACCUGGAAACGACGUUAUGUCUGAUGAGGAAGAGGAAGACGAGAGUGAUGAUGAAGUACUUUAUAGACGCACGGUUUCUCUGUAGUAAGAUUCGUUCCAAUUACAUUAAUGAAUCAGCUUUGAUUUAAGGUGCUAUAUCUCUAGUCCAUCUUUUUCUUUGUGCCCCUACUGUUCUUGGUAUUUGUUAUAGUUGGAUUCUCCAUAUUCAUUGUUUCAACUAUAGUGUUUGCCAUGCUUGCCCACAGUUGCAUCCACCGAGUCGUGUAGUGUGUAUGUGUAUGCAUAAGUGCAUUAUCACAUGCCCGCUCUUGCGAUAGACUAAUACAUUCAUGUAGACUUAUCUUGAUGAAAUUGGUUACUAUGAACAAUUCAUUGAACGUUCUGUUAA